UCCGAGCUGCGCCUGUUCGUUCGAAAGCUGGAGAGUAACGGUUCUGCACGAAACGAAAGGAGUGACAGCAGAUAAACCUGGUUGUUCUUCUCAACUUUUGAAACAUUUCUUCAAAAAUGAACAGAAUUCUUUGCGGCGUUUUUGCCCUUGGACUGGUUUUCGCAGUUGCCCAAGCCCAACUGCAGUGUUACAAAUGUGAUAUUGGAUUUUUUGGUGCUUGUAUUACCACUACAACCACUUGCUCAGGCCUUACCGACCAGUGCUUCAACGGCGUGGGGACAGCAGCAUUAUUCAUGAAAAUCAACAUGAAGGGGUGUCUCGCAGUGAGCAGCUGUAAUCAGACGUCCGAUGUGGCGUUUGGUUCCAAUAGUAAUAGUACAAUAUACAAGAUGACUAAGACCUGCUGCUCGACGAACCUGUGCAACCUGGCCCCCCGGGGGGCUUAUGGCAGCCUCCUCUCCAUCACACUGCUUACGCUGACUGGAGCCAUGAUCACUGGGGCUUUAGUCUAAGCUUGUGUAUUUGUUCCGUCCCCCCCCCACACCCCCCCCCCCACACCCCCCCCCCCACACACACACACCCACCCACCACCCUGUCUGGCUCGUCAAAUCAUCCAUAGGAUUACACUGUCUUCUCAGUUUACCUUCCAAAAAUGCACAACUGGUUAUAUAACAACGGACACACAAUAACUUAGCAGCUACAUUCAUUGACCAUGUACACAUUUAGGUUAAGAACUGACCCUUUAUUGGUUAGUUUUGUGCCAAAUCCAGUCAUCUGAAAGUUUACAGACCAAUGGUGUAUAUGUUCUCUUACACUGACUGUACCUGAAAAGGUGUCUUACACUCAAUAUAUAAAAGACCAUCAACCAUCAUGCUUGGUUCCGCUUCUGGUCUCUCGGAACCAGUCAGGAUCAUGUAGGGUUGCAUAUGUAAGCCUUGCAAUACUGCGCUGACUUUCACCACCACAAGUUCGGAAAACAAGCCCUGCGCGAAUGGAACCAAAGUUUUGUGGUGUUCAUGUGACCACAAGAAAUGUAGGCUAUGGUAGACUUAUGGAAAGUGUAAUUUCAGGGAAUUUAAUGUUAAAUUUAUACUGCAUUUAAUUUAACCUUUAAACACUUAACAAAUGAUUUUCAACUAAAAUGUAUGUAUUCGUCACCAUCUCUAUCUUGGCAAAAGAAUACAGUACUACGCCUAUUCUGUCUUUGUUGAAAGUUUAUGUAAGUGUAUGGGAGUGGUUGUAGAUGGGUCUUCAGGAAUUUAACACAUUUGGGAAGGUUUUUUCUGGGGCAAUUUCAGCUUAAGGAGUUUGUUGAACAUGGAUUGAUUGACUCAUGCAACUGCUUCCUGUGUUUGACAUUUUAACUGAUUUUAAUCAAAUGGGAAGAUGUGUAGUUUCCUAAUGUCAGUUUGCUCAGUUGUCAAAAUAAAGACUUAACAAUGACCCAAAAA